AUGAUUUUAAAGUCGAACACCAUCCUUGAAGAACAUUCAUCACCGAUUACUGAUGUUCGUUUUAGUCCAAGUAUGCCACAUCUCGCAACAUCUUCAUUCGAUAAAACUGUCAAGGUCUGGGAUACAAAUGAUCCCAAUAAAUCAAUAUGCACAUUUACAGGACAUUCUACUCCUAUCAUGUCAAUAGAUUUCCACCCAUUUAAGGAUGAUCUUAUUUGCUCUUGCGAUGCAGAUAGUGAACUGCGUUACUGGAGUAUUCAAAAUGGUACUUGUCUAAAAAUAUCAAACGGUGGUACAGCCCAAAUAAGAUUUCAGCCGCGUCUAGGGAGGUAUCUUGCUGCUGCUAAUGAGAAUGUUGUAAAUAUCUUUGACGUUGAGACACAGGCUCGUGUGAGUUCAUUUCAGGGACAUUAUGAGCCAAUUGACUCUUUAUGUUGGGAUCCUUCUGGACAGUAUCUAGCGUCUGUAAGUGUGGACUCAGUUAGACUCUGGGGUCUCCAGUCAGGGAGUGUAUUGAAAUGUGUUCAUGUCUUGAGUUGUGUUGGCAACAAAUUUCAGUCCUGUAUUUUCCAUCCUACAGACCCUUCUUUGCUAGUCAUUGGUGGUUACCAGUCCUUGGAGCUCUGGAAUAUGGCUGAGAAAAAGUCUAUGACUCUGCCUGCUCAUGAAGGAUUAAUUAGUGCCUUAGCUGUAUCACCUUCGACAGAGUUGAUUGCUUCUGCUAGCCAUGAUAAGUUUGUCAAGCUUUGGAAGUAACCUAAUCAUACAAUACGCUUUUAAUGUAAAUCCAUAAUUCUCUUAGCAAAAAAUUUUAGUACUUACAAUAUUAAAAAAGUUAUUUUUUCGUUUUUGUUUUAAUUUA